AUGCUGCGGCCCCCCGCUGCCGCGCACUCCACGUCGGUGGUGCUGGAACUUCUGGACUCGCGGGCGUUGGUGGCGGCGGCGCGUGCGCAGGUCGAGGUUAACGUGGGUGUUCAUUGCCAGCAGUUCCUCUUCGGGGGCGAGUCGCAGUGCCUUUGCGGGGCAGUGGGGCCACGGCGGCAUGGGCACCCCAUGUGUCUGCUCCGCGGCCUCUCCGCGCCCACGGGCUCCGCGGCGGGCGCCGCUGCGCGAGAGCUCGGCGGGGCCCGCGCCGCCCUGCGCGGGGCGGGCGCCGCCGGGCCGGCCGGAGGCCGCCGCUGCACGGGGGGCGGCCGCGGCGCCGCCGCGGCCUGCGGCUUCGGCCUGGCCGGCCUCGCGCGGGCGCGGCGCGCGGCAUCCGCGGUGCUGCCGCGGGCAGGCUGCCGCGACAGGGCGCAGAGGGCGGCUGCCGCUGCGGCCCCCCGGCCGCCGCGAGCGCCCGACCCGGCGCUCGGCGUGCCCUUGCGGCAGCUGGGGUCCAUCCAGUGGCCGCAGGAGGACGAGGAUGCCCAGGAGAGAGCCGCCGUGCGCUUCGCGGAGCGAUUCGUGACGCCCCGGCGCCGCGGCGGCCCGGGCCAGGAGCCGCGGCACGCGUGGAGCCUCGCGCGCCCCUGCGUCAUCCGCGGCUUCGCCAGAGACUGGGACUUCGUGCGGCGCGGGCGGUUGGAUCCACAGACCGAGGUCUCGUGGAGGACGCUGCUGGACGGCGAGUUGUGCCCCACCGAGUUCCAGCCUUCCCAGAGCCACCUGAAGUACGAGGAGGUGCCCAGCAUGGACCCCAGCCUGCGGCUCGUCAGCCCAGCGAUGCUCCUCUGUCAGUUUGGAGACUUCCUUGACGCCUGCCACCUCAAGCGCCAGAAGCCGAGGGGCCCCUGGGCGGCGGCCGCCGCCAGGGCGCCGGUGAGAAGGGUGCUGCACGCGAACGUGGCCUAUGAGGGCCCGGGCUGGCAGGAGGACCUUCGCUGCCUGCCGAACUACCCGAGGAACGUGGACGUCGACUUUGGGGCGAGCGGGCGCGAGUUCUCCGUGUACUGCGCGCAGCACGACGUCGGCCAGUGGCCACGGGAGCUCCUCGAUGCGAUCGCCCCGUGCUCUCCGGCAGAGAGGCUGAUGCCAGCCUGGUCGGCUUCGGGCGGGCCCACGGUGAACACCUGGAUGUGCGGGGGCGGGCCGCGCGGGGGGCCCGUCAGCUGCAACUUCCACUGCGACUUCUCGGAGAACCUGCACGUGGUCCUGAGCGGCCGGAAGGAGUUCACGAUGUGCCACCCGAGCGACAUCGCAGUGCUCCACGGCACGAGCUCCGUGGCGCAGGCGGUCUGGAGCGUGGCCGACGCCUCGCGAGCCGGGGCGCCUCCCGAGGCGCACCUGCAGGAGCUCGUCCGAGGGGACCUCCGCACGCCGAUGUGCCUCGUCAGCAUCGACGCCAGCUUCGAGGACAACUGCCGGCUGUGCCCGGGCCUCCGCCUCGCGGCCGACCGGAGGCUGGGCAGAGCCCCUGCGGCGGGGCCCGCGGCAGAGCUGCAGGGCGCGCAGUUCCACGGCAUCGAGGGCCUCGAGGACCUCGCGAGCAUCUCCAGCUCCUCCUGGCACCCCUCGGGGCCCCUGCGCGCCUCGCUGCGGGCCGGCGACGUGGUGUACAUACCGCCCGGCUGGUUCCACGCGGUGCGCACCUGGCCCCCCGGCGCGAGGAGCAAGGAGAAGGGCCUGCCGCUCUCGCUGAGCGUGAACUUCUGGCACCCGUGCCAGGACGAGAUGUGGGAGAAGGAGAAGCUCUUCCGCAUGCUGGAGGUGUGCUCCAUCCGGCAGGCCCUCGUCGGCGACCGGGAGGCGAUGCUGGAGGAGUUCCUCGCGAAGCUCCGGGCAGCCAGGGAUGCCGAGGCGACGUAGCGACGGCCGUAAAAGGGAC